UAAAAGUGAUGAACCGGGCGAGAGAGAAUCAAGCAGAAAAAAAUUUCUUUUGUUUGUAUUCCUACCAACUCAUUCAGUUUAAUUGUAUUAUUGUGCACUAGUAUUUUAUAUUAUUAAUGUUUAAAAUUUAAGAAUAAGAGUGGAUUUCCUUUGAAUGUUGAUUAAUAUGAUCAUAUGAGCUGUCAUUUAUUGAUUCACUCUCUUUGUUUCCAAUGUGUUACAGUAUAAAGAGACUCCACUUCACAACCUGUUAGAAGCCAAACAUAAAUUCAGAGAUCACCUUAAUAUUGCAAGACUUCUUUUGGAUGCCGGGGCUGAUGUAAAUAUAAAGAAUGAGGACAAUGAGACGCCACAUGACCUCUAUAUACAGAAUGAAUGUGAGGAGUAUGAUUCUACAAAUAGAGAAAAACACAAGGAAGAAGUCUUGCAACUUCUGCAAAGCUUUGAAGUUCCAGAGGCAAUAUUAGCCAGAGGCAGUGAGGCUCUGAAGGUUUUUAAUGAGGAGUUACAAGAAGGAAGGAUCACAGUCAACCAUGCACGAUUAAUGGUGACAGGCAAAGAGGGGGUUGGCAAGACUUGUUUGGUAAACACUCUGCUUGAAAGAACAUUUAAUGAAGAAGAACCAUCGACUGAUGGAAUAGUGUUGACGACUGCUUUUCAAACUACUGAUAUAAGUAGUGUGUGGAAAGAGGCAGAGGACAUGGACGAAUGUGAACGGAUCAAGGGUAUACUUGAUAAUGCAUUAGAAAGUAAAGUGGCCGAGAAAUUGAAACAAAUGAGAAGCCAAGCAGAGGCAGCUGAACCAGUACAAGCAUCAGCAGGAAAGUCAACACCUGUACCUCCACUGGUACACGCCCCUAAAAAGGAAAGUCGCAGCAAACCAGGUACAUCCUCUACACCUAUAUUGCCAUCUGUGCCUGUUCCAGUUAAGGUAGGACAUGACAUAGUAAUAGUAUGUGUGUUCAUAGUGUCUUCAACGGAUUAUGAGAUAAAUUAUUACAACUGUGGGAUUUAA